GUGACGUCGACAGAAAUGGACAGGGACCAGCCGGUGGCAGGUCCCUCUGGAGAACCGAUUCAGAUCCACCACCAGACCAGGCAGCAUAUGGCUGAGCUUCAGGGGAGCAGCUUGCGGGAUCCCACACACUCCUCCGCAGAGCUGCUGGAGCUGGCCUACCAUGAAGCGACUGGAAGGCGGAGCACUGGCAAGCAGAUUGCUGACAACCUAUCAUUCCUGGGGUGUACUGGAACUGAUGAAUUUGCCACCAGCCCAGCCAGCAGCCACAGUGCAGGUACCCCACUGAACCAGGCAUCAUCCUACGAGGAUCCUACCACCAGCCGUGAUCCAAUUCUGAUGCUGUCUGCUCCUCCUGUAGUGCCCAGUUUCUGUUGCACAGUGGGCGUUGACUGGAAGUCACUCACCACACCUGCCUGCUUGCCACUCACCACCGACUACUUCCCGGACAGGCAGAGCCUUCAGAACGACUACACGGAGGGCUGCUACGAUCUCCUCCCUGAGACCGACGUCGACAGGAGAGAUGAGGAUGGACCUGUCAUGACAGCGCAGCAGGUAUUUGAGGAGUUUAUUUGCCAGCGCCUGAUGCAGGGCUAUCAGAUCAUCGUCCAGAGCAAGAACAGGCUAUCGAGCACUGCAGCCUCAGCGCCUCUCAGCAGCAGCCCCCUCUACACUCGGGGUCUGGUAUCCAGGAACAAGCUGGAGGAGGAGGAGACUGCCUUUUGGCUGAGCAUGGGCCGCACUUUUCAUAAGGUCUGCCUAAAGGACAAGAUCAUAACUGUGACCCGCUACCUGCCCAAGUACCCUUAUGAAUCGGCUCAGAUCCAGUACACCUACAGCCUGUGCCCACCACAUUCCAACACGGAGUUUGUGUCAUGCUGGGUAGAAUUCUUACACGAGCGGCUGGAAGAGUACAAGUGGAAUUACCUGGAUCAGUAUAUCUGCUCGUCAGGCUCUGAGGAUUUCAGCCUGAUAGAAUCCCUGAAGUUCUGGAGGACGCGGUUCCUUCUGCUCCCGGCCUGUGUAACAGCUACCAAGCGGAUCGUAGAGGGAGAGAGCCGCUGUGAUGUUUACGGAGAGAAGCUCCACUCAGACCAGGAGGAGUGGCAGCUGCUGGAUGGCUUCAUUCGCUUCGUCGAGGGUUUGAAUCGAAUCCGGAGACGGCAUCGUUCCGACAGAAUCAUCCGGAAAGGGGCUCCCAUAAAAGGACUGCAGGUGACCGGGCCCCUAUCGAACUAUCCGACUGAACCAGCAGGUCCACCCCUUGGGAAGAAGGGAACAUCAGCUCUGUCCGCCUUGCUGGAGAUGGAAGCCAACCAGAGGAGCUUUGAGGAGCAACAGGCAGCAGUCCAUUCGGGGAAAGGUGCUGGCCCGGCCUCUGACAGCACCCCGCACUCCAUGGCAAACGUCGCUGUCACUCCCAGCUACGUUGACAGCCCAAGAAAGGUUCAAGGAGACCAGGUACUGACAGGCACGGACUAUCCAGAUUACAGCCCAGCUUCAGGAACCACUGCUCCAACUGGGGACAGGUCCAACACAUCGGGUAAUGCCCAAGCCUCAGGCAUGGGCAUCACACAGGGCACUGGAGACCAACCUCCUGCCCCUGCCUCACAAGAGGGCAGCAGCCAGCUGUCCUCUGGGAUCGCAAACUCACUGACCUCCUCCUCAUCGCUAGCAGAAAUACUGGAAAUAAUGAAGCACCCCUCUACUGGUAUCCAGCUGCUGCCAGAGCAAAGAGGGCUCUACCCCAACUGCUUCAUCAGUGCAGAGGUGGUGCACUGGCUUAUCAGUAACGUCGAAGGUGUGCAGACACAGUUGAUGGCCAUCGAUAUCAUGCAGAAAAUGCUGGAUGAGCAGCUGAUUGUCCACGCGUUCGGGGAGUCCAUGCGAACGUUUGUGUACGGCUUCUACUUGUACAGGCUUGUCACCGACAAAGACACUGAGAAAGGAAACCUGCAGUCCUCCACGAUCUGGUACACCUCAACAAUGGACGACCUGGCUGCAUUCCAACGCAAAUGGUUCGAGGUGGCUUUCCUCACGGAAGAGCGGCUUCACGUCGACAUUCCCGCCUUCCUGUUACCGUGGUUACCCAGUAGGCCAGCGUCCUAUGCAAGUAGGCACAGUUCCUUCAGCCGCAGUUUUGGAGGACGAAGUCAAGCUGCUGCAUUACUAGCUGCCACAGUCCCUGAGCAGAAGACGGUGACCCUCGCUGUGGAUGUCAAUAACCGCUCAGACCAUGUUGAAUGGUGCAGCUGCUAUUACCAUGGCAACUACUCAAUAAAUGCUGCCUUUGAAAUCAAGCUGCACUGGAUGGCAGUAACAUCAGCCGUGCUCUUUGAAAUGGUACAAGGCUGGCACAGAAAGGCCACUUCCUGUGGGUUUCUCCUGGUCCCUGUGCUUGAGGGUCCAUUCGCUCUCCCCAGUUACCUGUACGGAGACCCCCUGCGGACUCAGCUUUUCAUCCCCCUGACUAUCAGCUGCUUGGUGAAGGAAGGCGCAGAGCACAUCUUUGAUGGGUUCGAGCCAGAGACAUACUGGGAUCGGAUGCAGCUUCUGCAAGAGGCCAUUCUUGUGAGAUCUGCUGAGCUUUUCCAGCAACUUCUGUUUUAGUAUAUGUUUGGUAUCAAUAUGCGAUAAAAGGUACUUUAACGACUCCUUGUUGAUCACUGUGCCUUGAUACCAAACUCUCAAGUGUGGACAUGGCAAAGGGAGGGCAGUGGUAAUCCAGACCCCCAAACUGAUGUCUAGAAACAUGGUUUCAAAUCCUGCCAUGGCUGAAGGUGAAAUCUGAAUUUGAUAAUAAAGGGCUGUUUUAAUGGCAAUCAUAUAACUAUUAUCAAAACUCAUCUACUUCAUCGGUAAACUUUAGGGAAAGAAACU